AGUCUGGUCAUGGUAUGCAUGUCACCUCAUUUGAACUAUACAACAUAAAGCGGGUGUCUAUAUAUAGUGAGCACAUAAUAGGCUAGAUGUACAACUUAGUUCCACAAGAAGGAAAAUUUCCUUGAUCAAAAUACACUAAUGGCAGGCAGGACCGUAUGGAUCGCACCUUGGGGAGGUAAGGCUGGAACCAAAUCGGGGGAAUUCAUAAUACCUGAUGGUGCUCGUCUUACCAAGAUAGACAUUAGGAGUGGAGAAGCUAUAGAUUUCAUCCGCUUCACUUACAAGGAUCAAUCUGGCACAGGCCAUUCUGAAACAUUCGGUAGCGAGGCCGGUGGCUCGUUUCAUACGAUCACCUUCAAUGAAAACGAGUACCUCAUCACAAUUAGUGGACGUGUUGGAUCAUAUGCUGGCAUCACCUUGGUUACAUCGCUGACUUUCCAAACCAACUUAAGAACUUAUGGGCCAUACGGCACAAACCCGGGGACUGACUUUUUGCUUGGGGUCUCAAGCGGUAAGUUUUCCGGGUUCUAUGCAAAGUACGGGGAUUACUUGGACUCUUUGGGUGUUAUUCUUCAGCCGUAAGAUGAUAUAUAUACAGCAGCAUGCAUGCAUGCAUGUUGUGUUUAAUGCAUGGAAACAAAUGUUAAAUGUAUUCUAAAUGUGGUACUUAUAUGUAUUUUAUAUGUUUUAAUAUCGUAUCUUGUUUCUUCGACGUGAGACUAUAAAAAUAAGGUCGCACACGAAGUUACAAGUAGAAUAAGCACCUUUGUGGCUUUGUUGUGCAUGCGCAUUUUGUUUUUUCAUGUACCCCUUGAAGCUUAUAAAUAAUGAAUAUUCCAUGCUUUCUUCUUUGCUAA